AUGCCGUUGUGGUACGUCUGGCCCACCGCGUUCCAGACCGUGAUCCGCGCGUGCAAGACACUCUUUGUCAUGUUGCUUACGCACAUGUUUUCCGUCUUUGCCCUUUCGGAGAUAGUCAUCUCGUUUGGUGGUAUGGAUGGGCAAUGCGUCGACGCGGAGCAGUUUGUGCAGCGCGACGCUCUCGGCCGCGUUGUCGGCCUGGAUCUGCCCUCGACGGGUAUCUGGGUUGGAAACCAUCAGAUCUAUACAGACUGGGUGUACAUGUGGUCUCUCUCUCUCUUUGCGGGCCUCGCAGGAAAUUACUAUAUUGUGCUGAAAGACACGGGCCUGUACUUUUGUAUCAAGUCGCUACGGUCGAAACUUGAUCACGUAUACCUCUUGGAUUUCACCAUUGCCUAUGAAGGUGUGCAAUCUGGCACGUACGCGCCCGAGUUCUUUACCAUCGCCAGCUUUUCGGUGGUGUCUCCCCCCCUCGCAUUCAUGUCCAUUGUGACUUUGUGCCGCUAG